AUUUUGAAGCUUCACCUCGUGGUACUUCAAAGUGUAACAACUCCCUACUCCGGUCACUUUUACAAAGACACACCCUCGCUAUCUUCCCCUGCUGUCGUGGAUUCCAGUUCUUAUUGGGAGACACGCAUCAAUCGCGCACUAGGAGAGCUCUGUCAUGCAUCUACGGGCUACCAACGCGUCGCCUCGAUUCGACGUCUUCCCACUCUCUCAAACUCCGAUUACAACGGACGUGCACUAACCUUUGAGGUCAUACUCUACUCCACUGGUCACGGCAAGACUUUGGCUAAUCUAGAGGAGCUCAUCAAACAUCGCCUUGAUGAAGCUUAUUUGUCGGGACUCGGACCACUUGACCCUGAGGUUAGCUACGUUCAGCGCUUGGAGGAGAGCAUGCCCGAUCCUGAACCGGAUUUCAAGCAACAUCAGGACGUCUACUACAAUGAGAAGGAGAUCAAAGAAGAAUACAAAGACGAUGAAAUUGUGGAUGUGGCAGAGACGGUAAAGGAUCCGCCGCAACAGGAUUAUCCUGGCAGCAACCGCCGAUGUCCCAUCACAGUUCGGCAAACUGCUCAUGAACUCGCUGUGCAAAAUAGUUGGAGACAUCGAGAAAUUCUCAAUCAGCCUGGUGUAAUCGCUGGUAAGGCCAAUGUUGAAUGGGGUUGUUUGGAUAGAACAAGUUUUUGA